ACUGCAAGCAUGCUUAAAGCAAGAAACCUCUACAGAUUUCUUUUUAAAGCACUGUUGAUGUGCAUUGUCUUCAUGUUAUUUUGGAACAUACUUAGAUCAGGAUGGAGCUUGUGUGGAUUUCCUUAUCACAGAAAUAUGGGUAUAACCAAAUAUCCCCUUGACUUUGUUUAUCCAUAUAAUUACAGCUUUACUCUCAAUGAACCAGAGAAGUGCAAACUGAAGGGCCCAUUUCUUGUUCUUCUAAUUCUGUCACAUGUGGGAGAGUUUGCCAAUAGAACUGCAAUUAGACAGACAUGGGGUAAUGAAAGAUUAGUGCCCAAUGUCUCAGUGGUCAGGCUGUUUUUAUUAGGGAUGCCAACGCACUUCAAAGAGGAAUGCCAACACAAGCUGGAUGAGGAAAGCAUGCUGUUCCAUGACAUCAUUCAGCAGGAUUUCAUGGACACUUAUCUCAACCUGUCCAUCAAAAUGAUGAUGGGGCUCCAGUGGGUGAGCACGUUCUGUCCAAAUGCUGCUUACAUCAUGAAGAUCGACAGUGAUAUGUUCCUAAAUACAGAAUACUUAGUCAAGUUCCUCAAUCCUGGAAUGCCAAGGAGAACAGAUUAUUUUACAGGUUACAUAGUAGCAGGCACAAAACCAGUCCGAAGUAAGUGUUCCAGGCACUACCUUCCCAAGAAACUCUAUGCACCUGAUUAUUUUCCUCCAUAUUGUGGUGGGCCAGGAUAUCUGUUUUCAGGAGAUAUGGCAGAAAAGAUUUACAAUGUAGCUCAUGUUAUUAUACCCUUUCCUGUGGAGGAUGCUUUCAUAGGAGUUUGUCUAGAGAAGCUUCAAGUCACCAUCACUGUGUCUCCACAGUCCUUGUUCAAUGGACACAAGAUAGAGUACGAGAAAUGUCGUUACGCUAAACUGAUAACUGUACACCACUAUGAACCCGAGGAGCUUCUAAAGGUCUGGCCAGAUUUUAUGACAGCACAAAAUACAUGCCUGAGCAAUGACAUUUUCUAGAAUAAGUGUUGUUUUAAAUAUUGUUCAAGUUCAAAGAUGAAGUAUGUCAAAAAAGCAUGUUACCAAUCUUUGAUAACUCCUGUCAUUCUUUAUCUUCAGUAGGGCCUCUGACCUCUGGUGAUCAUAAUCUGGAUAGGUUGU